UAUUUAUUUAUUUAUUUAUUUUUACUCUAUUUAUCUAAACAUUUCCAUGCACUCCCUUGUGACUCCUUGGGGGUCCCUGCCUGGAACCAGUUAUGAAAACCCCUGCCUUAUAUCACCAAAAUCGUAUUUAAAACCUCUAGGCACUAUUUUAAAGUGGGCAGUUAUAGGUUUUUUUUUUUUUUUUAAAACAAAGACAGAACAUACUCUAUGGAACCCUUAAGUUCCUGCAGGAACUCUAAAGACUGUUAUUAGUUUCUUAAGUAACCCAACAUAAAAAGAAAGACUGCUUGAGUUUUCCUUUAAUUAUUAAAUUUUAAUGGUACUCAUAGAAGAUUUGACAUAUUGGACAUUAUAUACAUUUCUGAGUUAAUUUUGUAUUUCUUGUCUGCUUAAAUGUUAACAUGUUCUUCCUUUACCUGGAAAUCCAUUAGGAUUGGGACAUUUUAGAUUAGAUGUAUUUGUGGAAUUGCUAGGUUGCACCUGCUCUGGACAAUCCUGGGCUUUACGGUUUAUUAUUGACUCUCUGUCCUGGUCUAAAAUAGAGCUAGCUGGAUUAAGUUUGUUGUGAAAAGUACUCAUCUAAACCCAGGCCAGGGAUUGUAAAGGCAAGGACUAUUUCUUGCUCCUACAAGUAUGCUUGAUGAUCUACUUUGAUUUAUAUUUAUUCAGUUGUUAUUUUUAGAUUCAGAAAACAGAUGCCGGGCGUGUACAUUUUGCAAGAAAUUGGACUAAGCUACUAGCUGAGUGUCAAGAGUUUUUCUGUGACUGGACAUCUUGUAGCACCGUGCAAGUGGAGUUGAUUUGUCCCUCAAACCCCUGCAUGAAGUCGUAGGAGUGACUGUCCAGUAACUUUUCACUGAUUUAAGGAAUAAGUCACCGGUCAGACCAUGGGAGUUGCAAACUCAAGAGACUAUCAACCAACGAUAACAGUUGUGCUGAGAAGACGUAAUGAGCCCCUGAAGAAAGAUAAGCCCAAGUGGAAAAGUGAAUAUCCUAUGACAGAGGGCCAGCUGCGCAGUAAAAGAGAUGAAUUCUGGGACACGGCCCCAGCUUUUGAUGGCCGUAAAGAGAUCUGGGAUGCGCUAAAAGCUGCAGCUGUAGCGACUGAAUGUAAUGACCAUGAGCUGGCACAGGCUAUUGUAGAUGGAGCCAGCAUCACACUGCCUCAUGGGUCCCUUAUGGAGUGCUAUGAUGAACUGGGGAACCGCUAUCAGCUCCCUGCAUACUGCUUGGCUCCUCCAGUCAACCUGGUGUCCGAGUGCAACGAUCAUAAUGUGUCUGAACACUCUGAGCUACAGGAGAAGAAGGAGAAGGAGUUCCAACUGAAGGUGCGUCUCUCCACCGGAAAAGACCUUCGCAUCGGUGCCACAAUGGCUGAUUCCAUCCGUCAGCUGAAGAAACAGCUUCAAAUUCAGGAAGACAUUGAUGCCACCAAACAGCGCUGGUUUUUCUCUGGAAAGCUACUCACGGAUAAAACACGUUUACAAGACACCAAGCUCCAGAAGGACUUUGUAAUACAGGUCAUUAUUAAUCAGCCCAUUGUUCCCAACUAAACACACAAAACUGUGAAGCAGGUCUCAAUGAACUCACACCACACGAAUGCUUUAUAAAAAACCUUGUUGUUGUGAGAAAAUAGAUGUUUUAGAGAAACAUCUAUUUUCUCACAACAACAAGGAGAUGAAAAGGCCAAAUAUACAUGCAAAUGUAAGCAUGUGUCAAACAUAUAAAAAAAAAAAAAGGAUUUAUUUGAAAUAUGAUGUGAUGAAACUGAAUUAUAAAGCUUUUUCAAAACACAUCAGUCUAUGUAUCAGUGCAGAUACCAGUGCAUGCUUUAUUUUUAACACCAUGUAUUGAUCAACAACCUAUAAAUAUAUAUUUCUGAAAAAUAACUGUUUUUU